AUGACCAGUCUGCUCCUCCUCCUCCUCCUCUGCUGGAGGUGGACACUCCUGACACGCCAAGACCCUUGGGAAUUCACGAUCUGGAGGAAAAUCGAGAUCGGCCACGUCCGGUCGGACGUGGAGCAAGAGAGGGGUGGCAACUCACCACCGCCUUUGAAAGCAGUCGAGUCUCUGGCUCAUAUGUACCAGCUUUCGACUUUUGUACGCCCAGUCCACCUGGCCGAUCCAGCUGAAGCGCAGGUGGAAGCUGAAAUGGUUGCUAUUUAUCACGAGAUCAUGCCAUGGUUUGAGUACAUUAAAGCAUACGCCGAAACACAUAAAGACUAUAGUGUCCAUGAUGCGAUCAACGUGCUCGCGAGAGUCAGAGGAGAAGACAAGCUGGUAGCAUUUUUAUUUCGGGUGCGAAAGUUCGAUCAUUUGAAGCGGCUCGCUGACAGAUUGCAAAGCGCUCUUGCUGAGAAGAAGCCAGACAAUGUACGGCUGAUCAUGGAUAUGUGUCUGCGGGCUGAGGUGGAUCCGGAACAAGUCUUCUUCAUGAUGCCCAUCGCGGAGGAGAUUCGUACACGUGGCGUUAAUGACCGCGAGAGGUGGCCCGAGAUGCAUCGCAAGUUCGAGCAGUGGAUGGUGUACACUUGGGAGUUUAGAAGUCACGUACGUGCUGGGCAGCGCCAAAGGCGUUGGGAUAGGGAGAUGGUCGACGAUUCGGUACUUCAAAAUCUCGCACAUGCGGUGCUCGAGCCUCUCGUGAAACACAGUGAACCAGAAUACCUGGUAGAGUUCCUUGAAUAUCUUCGCGUCGAGAAAGGUAUGCACAUCUUUGGUUCGAAGAUGCAGCAGUUAUUGCUUGCCAAGCACCCGGCUACGAUUGAAACACUGAUGUUUGAUGUGUGGGCAAAUUCGGGCAUGAGUCCUCAAGACGUGUACCAGUCACUGCCCAUUGCAUCGUUGAGUGUCGUAAUGAUUGAUGAUACGACGGUCAAAUUAGCACCGGUUAACAUGCACGCUGCAUCGGAGGGUCACAAUUUUUUCGCUACUAUGAUGGACAAGAUACCGCUAGUCGACAUUAUCAAGAAACUCAAUCAGUUGUUCAAGUUCGUGGACGUCUACCGAGUUCAUCAUAGCUUUGAUGACGAGAAAGUAGUUGGUCUACUGCUUCAUUCCAAACCUGCGCCAGAAGCUCACGCUUAUCUUCUCUUUCUUGAAGAACAACCAGGCCGGAAGGAGCAAGCAGCUCAACUGCUAGGAAUUUUGCGUGGCUUGUAUUCGCCUCUCCAGUACGAAGAGAUGAACAUCCUCGCAUGGAAGAUUCGUUGGGUGCUGCUCGAAGAUUCGAUAGCUGACAAAUAUCACGGUUUGUAA